UGCCAGACUCCCAGGCCAAGCAGCGUCGCCAUACGGAACAUCCUGCCCUCACCGGAGAGGGGGAGGAGAAAGAGAGAGAGAGAGAGCGAGAAAGAGAGAGAGAGAGAGAGAGAGAGAGAGAGAGAGAGAGAGCGAGCCUGUGUAUGAAUUGAGAGUCAGAGAGAGAGAGAAAGAGAGACGAGGUCUGGCGUCUCCCGGUAGUAAAUCUAUCAGGUCUCGAGCACAAAAACUCGGAGAAACAGACGGAGAGAAGGAAGAAGAGGCCUCGCGGAAAUCUCCGGUUUACUGGUGACCGGGACCAGCAGCAGAGCAGCGCGUGAAGCCUUGGAUUAAAAAGCCCGACUAGAAGGACGGAUGGUCGCGCGGACGGGCGGCGCGCUCUGAAGUUGGACAGACUACAGAGACACCGAGAGCAGCAGCAGCAGCAGCGGCAGCAGCGGCAGCUUUUGUUCCCCCCACCUCCCCGAACCCCCGUGAAGGCAGCGGCGGCACCGGGAGGCUGUGCCCGCGCACCCCGACCAUGAAGCUGCCUUGUCUAUUGGCGCUGACGGCGCUGAUUGCUCACGCCACCACGGGACAGACUUGGUCGCCGUCUAUCGAUGACGAAGGCUCGACGAGAGACGAGUUCUACGACGAUGAGGACCUCUACUCAGGCUCCGGAUCUGGCUUUCCUGAGAUCAGCAUGAGGCCGACAUCAGUGGCCAUGUCCUUCACCACAGAAGAGCCCCUCCUCUUCUCCACCACCCAGGCCACUGGCCCCGCCCCGUCCGCCUCACCCGCGGCCGAGCCGAGCCCCAACCCGGACCCCACCUCCACCCCGCUGCCCACCGAGGCUGACGGAGAGAGUGGUGCAUUCUGGGAGAGAGAGAGAGAGCUGGAGAGGGAGAGAGAGAGGGAGGCAGAGAAAGAGCGAGAGAGGCAGAGGGAGCUGGAGAGGGAGAGGCAGUUGGAGAGGGAGCGAGAGCGGGAAAGAGAGAGGGAGCGGGUCCGAGAGAUGGAGAGAGAGCGGGAGAGGGAGAGGGAACGUGAGAGAGAGAGAGAGCGAGAGAAAGAGAGAGAGAGGCAGAGAGAGCGUGAAAGAGAGAGAGAGCUGGAGCGAAUCAGAGCUGCCGCCGCCGCCCAGACGACCGCCGCCCCGAGGUCCCCUGCUGCCGUUCCUGUGGUGACCACCAACCCAGCAAUCAGCCCUGCGGAAAGCGCAGUGCCCUCUGCUGGUUCGGAUGACUUGAGCACCACAGAAGAAGAAGAGGACGUCUUCCUGUCGCCUGAGCCCACAUCCUUUUACCCCGGCUUUGACAUGGAAACCACCACAGAGGAAGACAUGCCCACCACAGCAGAGGCCACCCCAGAGCCCACGACGGCAGCACCUACCACCACCACCCCUGUUAAGACCAGGGUCACUUCCAGGCCCAGGGUUCCCAUGACAACAGCCACUCAGACGGUGCCAACAGAGAGGAGCACACGCCCACAGCAGCCCACAACAACACAGGUCCGUGCAGAGGAGGGUAACAACGAGUUGGGCGCUGUGGGACCGAGUGGAGAUUUCGAGAUCCGUGAGGAUCACCGCAACGAUCUCGGUCGAGGUGUGGUGCCAGUGGAUCCUGAUCUGAUGGGCAACACAGUGGAUGCAGGAAGCUCUGCCGCUCAGCUGCCACAGAAGAACAUUCUGGAGAGAAAAGAAGUCUUGAUAGCGGUGAUAGUGGGAGGCGUGGUGGGCGCCUUGUUCGCCGCCUUCCUGGUGAUGCUGCUGGUGUACAGGAUGAAGAAGAAGGACGAGGGCAGCUACACGCUGGAGGAACCCAAACAGGCCACCGUCACCUACCAGAAACCAGACAAGCAGGAGGAGUUUUACGCAUAACACUCGUACGCCAGAGAGACACCGCACACCGAGGGAGAGAGAAAGAGCGAGAGCGAGAAGAGAGAAAGAUACUCUAAGCCCCGUCCUCCUCCUCCUCCUACUCCUCCUACUCCUCCUCUUCCUCCUCGUCGCUUCUUCCCCCUCAUCUGCUCGCCUCUCCUCAUCCCUCUCUCCUCUCGUCUCCAAAACACUUGAGAGCGCCUUUCUCUCUGCGGACUUGGAACUUUCUUUUCAAUGAAAACGAAAAAGAGGACAAAAAAAAAAAACGAAAAAAAAAACAAAACAAAUAUAUUCUGAAAAAAUAACACAUACACACAAGAUGUUUUUAAAGUAAAUGUUGUUAUUAAUAUUCUACAGAUUCUCUUGUUCUGUAUGUAAUGAUAUGAUUAUUUUGUAAAAAAACAAAACAAAACAAAACACAAGCUCUUAACCUGUGUUUUCCAGCACAAAAAGUUCCUCUUCUGUUUUUAUGGAGCGAAUGAACAGGCUAAAAGAAAGAGGAGAGGGGAGGAGAGGAGAGGGGCGGAGCGAGCCGAGCGAAACACAAAAGAAAAAGAGAGUGGUGGGCUUGACUCUGCCCCUCACACCCACCUCGCCCCCCCCCCAGAAAACACACAGAGCGUCUGGUUGGCCGCACAGAGCCCAGGGUCAAAGGUGAGAGGGAAAGGUCUCUUUUGUGCCUUCUGGUGCUCAAAGAAACACACAUGCAUACAGCCACAAAAAGUCACACACACACACACACAUGCUUACACACACACACACACACACACACACACACUUGUCUCUGUUUGAAGGUGGCUCCGACCUCUCUCUCUGUGCUUGGCCAACCAGAAAACGAUGCUCAACCCUCGACGUGUUUCACAAUGAGAAGCCGCUGUGGAAACGCUGGCUGGUCGUAUUGGGGCGCGCUCGCGCUCACGCCGAGCUGGCGGCCCGUCUGCUCCUCUAAGCUGUACAAAGACUAGUUACGGAUAGUAAUAAUAAUCAAUAAUAUAUCAAUGUUUUGGGCUGGAUGGUAAAUAAUAAUAAUAAUGCCGUAAUAAUAAUAAUACUUAAAACGGGAGGAUGUGUAUUUAGCAGUUUAAAAAAAAAAAAAGUUUAUAUGUAAAUAUCAGCGUAUCCUUUCUGGCAUCACUAACCAUCUGCAUGACCAUGAAGAGUUUUUAUUCAUCACAUCCGUCAUCACUUUAGAUGAGCUGUGCUCUCGUCAACAACACACACACACACACACAUGCACGCUCACACACACACACACACACACUUACACACACACACGCAUGUGCAGACGUGUAACUUUCUGUGCAAUUAAAUACAAACACACACUUGCUAUACUGUAAAUCAUAUCAUUCAAGUCGACAUAUCAAACCCAUCGUCAUCAUCAUCAUCAUCAUCAUCGUGAUAGUCAUCACUUGUGAUACGAGCGAGAUCAAGCGGUUUCAAUAUGUUAUUGAUUAGUUAUCGAUCAGUUGCCGGUUUGGUUUAGAGUUUGCUCUGUUUGUGUAAAAGCACAACUACGUGUCUAGUCAUUAUGCCAUCCGGUAUCCCUCCCCCUGCCCCACACCCACCCACCAACCUACCCACCUUUUGCAUGCCUCACUUUCUUUUUUCUUCCACCUUUGGCUCUCUGUUCGGGAUGGGAGGGGCCUCUGGGAAGCGUGAGGGGCUUUAACGAAAAAGUGUGAAUCCGCGCAGGACGUUGCACGACCCCACAUGCCCUAAUCCGGUCAACAUCAUAACUUUUGUUAUUACAGCUUUCGUUAUGAAAAGAAAAUUAAAUUAGCGUUUGUGGGGUCGACUUCAACCUGCUGUCGGACUCUAUUUUUUGGGGGGAGGGGGCGGGGGUUAGGAUUCGGUUUGGGGAAGUGGGAGUGUGAGGAGACAGGAGGGCUGUGCUUCUAUCUAAGAGAUUGUAACAAUAACCACACCAGUGCGACUGGGCUAGUAGCUUCUAUUAUACUCAGUACUGUAGAUCAAAAAUGCAUGGGAGUCAAAACUAUACUAGUCUGGGUGUGUGUGGAUGCCCUUGUGUGUGUGUGUGUGUGUGUGUGUUUGUGUGUGUGUGUGUUUGAGAGAAGAAGAGGGGUGAGUUAAAGUUGGAAUGUACUGUGGUCGAGAGUGUGUUUACCUACUCCAGCAGUUCUCACGCUCUUCCACAGACAGGUAACACACCUCCUCCACUCCUGUGUGUGUACGUCGCCUGCCCCCCUCGCCAGUGUGAGAAUGUGUGUGUUUGUGUGUGUUGACACCUCAUCUAAACCCGCCACCUGUGUGUUUGUAUGUGUGUGUGUGUGUGAGAGUGUGAGUGCUUCACCUUGGUAUUUCACAGCAGACUCUUGUGUGCACUGACUAGCCUGUCGACGUGUGUGUGUGUGUGUGUGUCUGCGUGUGUUUAGUCUGUUCACUGCUGAAUGUGGGGGCAGCUGGUCCCUCUCAGUGGCUUUCACACACACUGACUGUGUCUUUUCACUGUCUGUCUGUCUGACCGUCUGCCUGUCUGUCUCUCUGCCGCAGGACAGACGGACAGACGACACGCCACUUUCUCACAGGCAGGAAUGAUCUUAACACGUACUGUCUUUUCUAAAGUGACUGUCAAAAUGUAAACAUGUGUGUUUGUACCCAUCUAAGCCUGCGUAGCCAAAUAAGACGUUUGUGUCUGUGUGUGUGUGUGUGUGUGUGUGUGUGACAGAGAACGGGUGAAUUUGUACGUGUGUGUGCGUGUGAGUGUGUGUGUAGGUACGCAUGUGUGUGUGUGAAGCCCAGUGGUGGCUUACACUACUCUAUGUUUGCUGUUCCCAUUCCUGUUUUUAUACAUUUGCAUUUUUUUAAGGCUGAGUUUCUGUCAUUGGCUGAGUGAGCGAGAGGAGGCGGAUCCUCCACGCCACCGCCCUGUCACUAAUCUGCCACUCUGUUCCAAAUUAAAAAAACCUGAUUGGGUAAAUCUGU